AUGGCGCGCUACAAGGUGGAUAUUGCUGCAAUCGGCAAAGCCCGCACCUCCGAAGAAGGUCACCUAAAAGAGGUGAGUGCCGACUGCAUCUUCUUCUGGGGUAGCCGCUCGAAGGCAGAACGACGUGAUAUGGACGUCGCCUUUGCCAUUCAGAACGACAACGUGAGACGACUGCCCUGUCUGCUGCAGGACAUUAACGAUUGCCUAAUGAGCCUGCGCUUGCCUCUUCGGAGACCCAACUUAGCCACCACCAUCAACGACUCCGCCCCAGCAAUAACCGGCUCAGACUAG